AUGUCCGUGACCAAGAGUGUUGGGAGUCCCCAGGUAGCCACCACUGUCAAGCUGGACCUUAUGUCAUCUCCUGAGAGUACCAAGAAGGUGGAGAGCCAGGAUCCUAGUCUCAUGAAUGGCAGCUCUUCAGAGACACCGAAGAAAACCAAGGGCAUCACAGGGUUCCAGACAUUGGUUCAUCUGGUCAAAGGCAACAUGGGCACGGGGAUUCUGGGACUCCCCCUGGCUGUGAAGAAUGCAGGCAUCUUGAUGGGCCCACUCAGUUUGCUGGUGAUGGGCCUCAUCGCCUGCCACUGUAUGCACAUCCUGGUCAAGUGUGCCCAGCACUUCUGCCACAGACUCAACAAGCCCUUCAUGGACUACGGGGACACAGUGAUGCACGGCCUGGAAGCCAGUCCCAACACCUGGCUGCAAAACCAUGCCCACUGGGGGAGGCGCAUUGUGAGUUUCUUCCUCAUUGUCACCCAGCUGGGCUUCUGCUGCGUGUACAUUGUGUUUCUGGCGGACAAUUUAAAACAGGUAGUAGAAGCUGUUAAUAGCACAACCAUCAGCUGCCACUACAACGAGACCCUAGUUCUGACGCCCACCAUGGACUCACGACUCUACAUGCUCGCCUUCCUGCCCUUUCUGGGGCUUCUGGUCUUCAUUCGGAACCUCCGUGUCCUCACCAUCUUCUCCCUGUUGGCCAACAUCAGCAUGCUGGUCAGCCUGAUCAUCAUCGCCCAGUACAUUGUCCAGGGAAUUCCAGACCCCAGCCAGUUGCCACUGGUAGCAAGCUGGAAGACCUACCCUCUCUUCUUUGGAACAGCCAUUUUCUCAUUCGAAAGCAUCGGUGUGGUCCUGCCUCUGGAAAACAAGAUGAAGGAUGCCCGCCGCUUCCCAACCAUUCUGUCUCUGGGGAUGUCCAUCGUCACCACCCUGUACAUUGCCAUCGGGGCCUUGGGCUACCUGCGGUUUGGAGAUGACAUCAAAGCCAGCAUCACUCUUAACCUGCCCAACUGCUGGCUGUACCAGUCAGUCAAGCUCCUGUAUGUUAUCGGCAUCCUCUGCACCUACGCCCUGCAGUUCUACGUCCCCGCCGAAAUCAUCAUCCCCCUUGCUGUCUCCCAGGUGUCAAAGCGCUGGGCACUGCCUGUGGAUCUGUCCAUCCGAAUCGCCUUGGUCUGCCUUACAUGCAUGCUGGCCAUCCUCAUCCCACGCCUGGACCUGGUCCUCUCCCUGGUGGGCUCCGUGAGCAGCAGCGCCCUGGCCCUCAUCAUCCCGCCCCUGCUGGAGGUGACCACCUACUAUGGGGAGGGCCUGAGCCCCCUGACCAUCAUCAAGGAUGCCCUCAUCAGCAUUCUGGGCUUUGUGGGCUUCGUGGUGGGGACCUACCAGGCCCUGGAUGAGCUGAUUGAGUCCGGGAACUCUCUCCCCGUGUCCAACGCCACUAUGUUUGUUCAGUGA